GAAGGAAGGGGUAAAAUACGGUGUUUUCCCGGAUAAAACGGGAGAUUUGACGGUUUCUGCAGCGUCCAUGUUCUGCAGCAGUUUGCGGUUCUGCGGAUCCUGACGAGAUUCUAGGAGGUUCCUGUCGGGUUUUCUGGUUAAAAGCGUCCGAACCCGCAACCCGACACCCGCAAAUCUUCAGCCGAACCGAGUCAGCACCAGAGACGAGAUGGCGUCCCUGUCGGAGCAGCUGCAGCAGGUCCGGCACCGGGCCGAGGUGUGCCUGUACUCGGGGGGCCGCGUGGUGGAGGUCCGGGCCGGCGUGGCGGCCCUGGCCGGCCUGCCGCUGCCGCCCGGCAACAAGUACCGGCACAUCGCCGCCGAGGCCAUGGCCGUGGAGAACAGUCGGGGCGGGAACAGGAAGGAGACUCUGGCCUCCCUGCAGCGUUUCUCCACCGCCCUGAACAUCCUGGAGAAGUACGGCUGCAACCUCACCAACCCCAACCGGCCCAAGUUCUGGAGGACCGUCAAGCACAACAACCCGGUGUUCAAGGCCACGGUUGACGCCAUGCAGGGCGGCCGGGCGGUUCUGUGUCUCUACGGCUACUCGGACCAGCAGCCGGACGGGCUCAGCUUCCCCGAGGAGGUGACGGACCCGGACGUGGGGAAGGUUGCCGCGGUAACGCUGGAGGUGAUGAGCCUGAGGAUGGAGCUGGAGAUGCUGAUCAAGGAAACUCACCCUCACCCCGAGUUCUACGAGAGGAUCAUUCCAGCUCUGAGACACAAGGACGUUGGUUUAAACACCGACGCUGAGGUCUGCAGCCCCGUCUGCAGCUCCGUCUCCUCGUCAGCUCCGGCUGACGGUCAGAGCCGCUCUCUGGGCCACGCCCCUCUCCGCGGAGGCCACGCCCCCUCCAGGGAGGGAGGCCACGCCCACUCCCUCCUCUCCACCAAUCAGCAGAGACUCAAGUCUGACGGGUUUGCUACGACCGCCUCCAGGAAGCAUCCGGAGAACUGCAGCGUGUGCGGGAUCUUCCGGGUGUCGGCCCACUGCCUGACGUGUCUGCAGGGAUUCUGCUCCGAGUGUGACCGGCUGCAACACUCGGACCCGGAGAGGACCGGCCACCGCCGGACCGUCGUCACGGUAACGGCAGCGUCGGCGUUGGCGGCGUCCCGGAGCCGGAGCAGCCACAGGGCCUCCACCUGGUGCUGCCUCCACUGCAACAAGGUGAACCCGGUCCAGGCGGUUUUGUGCGGGGACUGUGAGCGCCCCCGUCUGGGCUCCGGCGGGUCCGGCGGGUCCAGAACCGACGAGCCGGCGACCGUCACGGACUGGACGUGCCGCAGCUGCACCGUCCUCAACGCCGCCGGCAGCGUGCUGUGUGAGGUGUGUGAGCGCCCCCGUCUGGCCACCCGGCCCCCCAGCACGCCGGCACACCCGCCCGUCACCCCCCCCAGGCCGCCGGCCCCCGUGCUGGGCAUGCCGGGGGACCCCGACAGCCAGUGGGUCUGCCAGUUCUGCACCUACCUCAACUACGCCCCCGCCUCCACCUGUGAGAUGUGCGACCUGGCCCGGCCCGAACCCGCCCCCCUGCCGUCCCGGCUGCACCCGCCCUCGCCGGUCCGCCGGGUCCCGGCGCUGCCCGUCAGGCCCAGGGACGCCCCGCGGGGCGACCCGGGGGCCGACCCGGAGUCCUGCAGGCAGAAGCUGCUGAAGGACGACGGCCUGAAGCUGAUCCAGCUCAUCCGGGCCGGGGAGAAGCGCGGCGUGAGUCCGGAGGAGGUUUACACCAGCCUGAAGGUUGCCGGGGACAACGGCGUGCUGUCGCCGCGCUGGCUGAAGGCGGAGCUGCCGCUGCUGCUGGACGGGAUCCGGGCGGCCGUGGCCGCCGAGUCCUGCGGCCCGCCCUGGUGGCCGGGGGGGCAGGUCCCGGACGGGCCCCCGGAGGAGGUGCUGCUGUCCCGCGCCGAGGCCAAGCAGGCCUGGCUGGCAGCAGGGGGCGACGCCGAGCAGGCGGCCCGGCGGGCGCUGGAGGACCGACUGGCCAAGGUGCAGGAGCUGGGCGGUCUGGGCUUCGGGGACCAGGCCCGCUGCCACCAGGUGCUGCAGCAGAGUGGGGGGGACCUGAGGGGGGCCCUGGCGCUCCUGCAGAGACCGGUCCUGGAACCGUUCCAUCUACGGCUCUGGAGCGACAAGCCGGAGCCGCCGGUGGAAAUUCAUCACCCUGACAAGCAGCGGACCUGCCGGCGGCUGCUAGCGGUGUACGGGCUCCCCAGCUGGGGUCGCUGUGAGCUGGCCCUGUCCCUGCUGACGGAGCGCAGCGACAGCGCCCCCUACUGCCUGGAGGACGUGCUGCAGGCGGUGACGGAGUCGCACGACCGCGACUUCAUCCGGAGAGUUCUGGCCAAGGAGUGUCCCAUCUGCCUGUCUCUGUUCCCGCACAGCAAGAUGCAGUCCCUGACGUCCUGCCAGUGCUCCGUCUGCUGCAGCUGUUUCCAGCAACACUUCACCAUCGCCGUCAGAGACAAACACAUCCGGGAGCUGGUGUGUCCCGUCUGCUGGGAGCCCGACAUCAACGACCCGGAGCACCUGAACAGCUACUUCUCCACGCUGGACAUACAGCUCCGGGACUGCCUGGAACCCGAGGUCUACGAGCUUUUCCACAAGAAGCUGACGGAGCAGGCGCUGAUCAAGGACCCCAAGUUCCUCUGGUGCUGCCACUGCUCGUACGGCUUCAUCUACGACGGGGAUCAGCUGAAAGUUUCCUGUUUCCAGUGUCGGAACAGUUUCUGUGCUCAGUGUAAAAAACCGUGGGAACCCCAGCAUGCAGGUCUCUCCUGUGAUCAAUAUCAGUCGUGGAAGAGAGAGAACGAUCCGGAAUAUCAGAAACAAGGACUGGCAGGAUAUCUGAGAGACAACGGGAUUACCUGCCCCAACUGCAGGUUCCAGUACGCUCUCUCUAAAGGAGGCUGCAUGCACUUCUGCUGCUCCCAGUGUCGCUACCAGUUCUGCAGCGGCUGCAACAACCCCUUCCACACCACGUGUGCGGUGGGCGAGUGCAGCGUGUCGGGGCUUCACGCCCAUCAUCCCCGGGACUGUCUGUUCUACCUGAGGGACUGGGAGCCAGCCCGGCUGCAGGUGCUGCUGCAGAAUAACGGAGUGGAAUUCAACACGGAACCUCCUCCUGGAACCCAGACAGGUCUGUGUGGAGUGAUCGAGCAGAAGGACGAGGGAGCUCAGCAGUCGGACUCGGCCUGUGGGGCUCAGACCCAACCGGGACACGCCGCCCUCUGCGAGAAGCACUACCGGGAGUACCUGGUGAGUCUGAUCAACAGCCACUCCAUCGACCCGGCUCCGCUCUACAGCCCCAACGAGCUAAUGCUAGCCUGCCGCCGCUACAAGGUGGACGGAGACGGGGACGGGGACGACGCCUUCGGCUGCUACCGCCGCCUGCUGCAGAAACUGAUGGACGAGGUUCCUCUCGGUGACAAGGUGCCGCGCAAGAAAUAAAGAAAUAGUUCCUGUUGGAGCUGCUGAAGAACCGUCCCGGCCCGGACCGAGCAUGCUCAGUAGCAGCCCCCCCAGAACCGGUCUGAGCAUGCUCAGUAGCAGCGUACCAGCCCCGGCCCGGACUGAGCAUGCUCAGUAGCAGCCCCCCCCCCUCCCCUCCAGAACCGGACUGAGCAUGCUCAGUAGCAGC